UGCGUGAUUCCUGCAGGGUGGCCCUGCGCUCGCUGACCGGCCCCCGAAGGGUUCCGGGCUGUCCCGCAGCUCCCGGAGCAGGGCGCUCCCCCGUGCGGUCUGCGCUCCAUGGCGAGCACUGUGCCGGUGGCGGGGCACAGCAGCCCGAGCCGGGAAGGGGCUUCUGCGCCACUUACCUUCCUGGAUACGCUCAAGGUCGCUUUGAACGAAUAUGCAUGAACGAGUGAACAGAACAGAGAGGCAGUUUAAGUCUCUCCCAGCUAACCAACAGAGUCUUCUUCCUCAAUUUCUUCCACACCUUGACAAGAUUCGGAAGUGCAUUGAUCAUAAUCAAGAGAUACUACAGACCAUUGUGAAUGACUGCGUUCAUAUGUUUGAAAAUAAAGAAUAUGGAGAAGACGGAAGCGGGAAGAUAACACCAGCUUCAACAUUUGACAUGGAUAAAUUAAAGUCCACAUUGAAACAAUUUGUGAGAGACUGGAGUGAAGAGGGAAAGUCUGAGAGAGAAUCCUGCUACCAACCAAUCAUUAGUGAAAUUGUAAAGAACUUUCCAAAAGAAAGAUGGGAUUUCUCCAAAGUUAAUAUCCUGGUACCUGGUGCUGGGCUAGGUAGAUUGGCGUGGGAAAUAGCUAUGCUCGGUUAUGCUUGCCAAGGAAAUGAAUGGAGCCUCUUUAUGCUCUUUUCUUCUAACUUUGUACUCAACAGAUGCUCUGAAAUUAACUCAUGUAAGCUUUAUCCCUGGAUUCAUCAGUUUAGCAAUAACAGAAGAUCUGCUGAUCAGAUACGACCAAUUUAUUUCCCAGAUGUUGAUCCUCACAGCCUUCCUUCUGGUUCAAACUUCUCUAUGACCGCAGGGGAUUUUCAAGAAAUUUAUUCUGAGUGCAAUACGUGGGACUGCGUAGCAACUUGCUUUUUCAUAGAUACAGCACAUAAUGUUAUUGAUUACAUUGAUACUAUAUGGAAAAUACUAAAGCCUGGAGGAAUAUGGAUAAAUGUAGGUCCUCUCCUUUACCAUUUUGAAAACUUGGGAAAUGAACUUUCUAUAGAAUUAAGCUAUGAGGAUAUAAAAAAUGUUAUUCUACAAUAUGGAUUCCAUAUAGAGGUGGAGAAAGAAUCUGUACUGUCAACUUACACUGUGAAUGAACUCUCCAUGAUGAAAUACUACUAUGAAUGCGUGUUGUUUGUGGUGAGAAAACCAGAACAGUAGUGGUGUGAAUAGGUUAAUGAGAAAAAAAACUGUUGACUUGAAAGCUGGAAAUGAGGGUAAAGUGGUCUGGGUGAUGUAUGAACACAACCUCACAUAGUGGUGCCUUCUUAUUCCUAAGAGGAUAUAGAUAGUGUCUAUUUUCUUAAUAUCUCUAUUGCUGUUCGGACAUACACUAUGCCAUGCAUAUUUGUAAUAUACUUGUGAAGGUGAAGGAUGUAAUGUUCACAUACACUGUCAUUGUGCUUUGGAGUGCAUUAGAAAUAAAAGCAAAAAUGUUUUCUUGAGAACAAAAUUAAAUGUUUGCCAUAAGUAGGCUAAUUCUCUGCAUAUACUGCCUAAUAUUUCAUAGAUUUAUAGUGAUUUUUUUCUAUUAUCUGAUAUUAGGAAUGCAUGGAGGUGCUUACUGUAUUAUCUGUGUCAUGUUUAGAGAAGUAUUUUUAAAUGUAUACUUAAAUUAUGAAGUCUGAAAUGGUUGGAAAGUGGUAAAAUUAUUCUUGACAGAUAAAAAAACCAUCAAAACUGGUAGAGCAUUUUCUGUGGAACUGAAAUGAAGUAGAUUAUUGUAUAAAUGCUAAUCUUUGACUGUACCACUGUUAACAGUGGGCAAUUUGAAAUACUAUGUGAAAGCAGAAUACUGAGUGAAGAAAAAGCAAUGUGUGAGAAGCAGUAUGAUAACCUCAGUUGAGGAAUACUAACAAUUUUGAUUGAGCUUUGUGUUGAAACUGAAAUGUGUUAGAUGCUUUGCCAUCUUGUAAUACAUUGAUUUUGAGUCAUCUGACUGCUUAAGCUAAAACUUCCAAAGUUGAUAAGCAUAGCUGAGUUAUCCAUGCCACGUGUAGGUAGUACAACAUAAAAACAUCUUUCGGGGCAGUGAAGUUAUGAGAAAUAAAAUACAUUUUUUUUAUUACAAAACAAAAUUAUAGGCACAUCGUGAAGUUGUAAGGUAUCCAGUUCCAAACUGGACUGGGUACCAGGGUUCUUUUGCGGCCGGGAUAAGGGAAAUAUAAAGUUCGUAAAAAUUAAAAUAUUUCUGGGCCAUUUGGCAAAUUUUGAAUAGAGGGGUUUCUUUUUUUGUCUUUGGGGUAAGAACAAGGGAAGAUCCAUCAUUUUUGACAGAGGAUGCCUCGCAGCCAAUGGGAAAGAAGGGAAAGCCCAUUUUUGGAGAAAAGGAAGCCUUUUUAGGUAAAAAUUAAUAUAUUAAACUUAUCUGAAAAAAGAUGGGAUUUUGUAAAACUAUAAAAUACAUGACAUUUAAACCCAAGGGGUCUUUUCUCCCUGGGACCUUGGUGUGAGAUGAGACCGGCUCAUGCUGAAUAAACCUUUCCUUGAUGAUACAGUUCCUUUGUUUCAUAGGUAAUUGAAUCUUUCUAAAUUAAAUAACGAGAGGUUUCUCACAAAGUUACAUGUAAAUAUGUCCUAUAACCUAAUCACCUCUGCAUGAGUCAGGAUAUGCAGGAUAACUUCAGACACUUUAUCCUUCUGACUUCUUGGCUUGUUCCUUAUACUAAUGUGGUUUUUUCCUAGCAGAUGUGGCUUAGGUGAAUAUUUAAUGUACAAGUCAUGAUACUAUACAAGAGGUUUAAUCUCCUUUCACUUGGAAGUUAUGACGUACAUGAGAACAACAUUAAUUAAUAAUCACUAUUCUGAGUGGCGGUGUCAUGUUAAGCAUUUUGUUUUCUUAAUAUAUUAAUUACCUUAAGUAUCAUUUUCACGCAUUUUCAAAAUGAUCUUUAAAAUAUAAAAGCCUUAUGAGGGCUCAAGUUUUUUUCAUAUUUGACCUUAAUGACACUGGUCAAUAUCUUGUUUAGUUCUCAUUAUUUUUAGUCCUGUCUUUCAUGGUGGUGUCCUAAUCACCUCCCUUUAAUAGAUUUGUUACGGCUUUUGGAUUUUUCCAAUUAAGGCCAGAAUUUUGUGCCUUUAUUCCUAAAUUGAAAAUCUGCAAGGAAGAAAAACACCAACUUUUUUUUUAUAGUUUGAACACCACAUAAGAAAGCACACAUCUGUAUAUCUUACAGUACUUUGCCCCUUUCCAUUCAGAAUCCUUAUUGAAAUAGAAGUUUCUGGUCAACAGCAGUUUUUAAGUAUACCAUGGCUUAAAAAAGUCUUAUUUGAACUAUUCUUUCUAAAAGUGCACCACCAUGACUCAGUUCCACAGAUGAGGUAUCAAAGGUCUACCCUGCUCCAAGAGAGAUGUGUUUCAAGAAGAAACAAUGCUAUUGCAACAUAAAAUUAAAAAUAAAAACCCUUGCACACUUAAAAAUAAAAAAGCCACUUGCUUUAAUUUCUGUAUUGUACCAUUUACUUUAAUUUUUGAGGGAAUUUAUGAUUCUUUGGUUUAAAUCUGCUUUUUUUCUACCAGAAUAUGAUUAGCAUUUUACUUAAUUUUCACGCUCCUUGGAAUCAGACAUAGCUUAAGUGAAUGUAAAUUGUGCUAUUACUGAGUAGUAUAUCUAUCUGUAAUGUUACCCAAUUUCUGCCUCCUAUCCCGCCUGUAACUUGGAAUGUGGUGUUCCUGCUUUUCACGAAUAGGCAAUGGGACUCUUUCUUUCUGGUUGAAUGUUAUUAUCCUUUGUUCUGGUAGUUUUGUUCCUUGCCACCCCAUGUUGUCACAGUUGCCAUUUUUAUGUAUUUUCUGAAAAUGUUUUUAUUUGCUUACAUCAGGUAUAAUAUGGUUGUGUGCUUUUAUUUCUGAUCUAGAAAAUGCCGUCUUCCCCGCACAAUAUUCUUUUAAAUCGCAACAGUCACAUUAAGAGUUGGAAGUAAAAUAAUCUUGUGAAUGAGCUGUGUUAGUAGUGUUUUACCUACCUAUUUAUGAGUUCCUAGAAUUCACCACUUGUACUGUUAUGAGGGUCGUUGUGUAUUAUAGAAUGUGAUCACUGUUCUAUUCGGUUGUAUACGUGGGGGAGAAUGUUCAAGGUGUUCAUCAGAUGAGAUUGUUUAGUUUAGGUCGUUAUUAAACUGUACAUAGUAACAGAUGUAAAAUAAAAUGCUGCAUAACCUUAAGUGUAAAGCUUCUUUAUAUGGAGUUUGACAAA